AUGCUCAUACAAAAACCAAUCACUGUAGAACAGGCCAGUAACUUUCAAGAAGAGGUUUAUCCUAUUAACAAGUUAAGACCACCUGAGCAUCCCAGACAACCAGCAGCAUUGUUAACGGACGCAAGAAGAGGAGAUAUGGAUGGUGUAUGGCUGCUUCUGACUCAAAGUAAUGUCAGGGUAGAUAUGACUGAUCAGAACAGUCAGACACCACUGCUACUGGCUGCAAAGAAUGGGCAUGAAAGGAUUGUCAAGAUGCUUCUUGAGAGAGGUGCUGCAACUGAGAAAGAGGAUGAGUGGAAUCAGACACCAUUAUUAUUGGCUGUAGCAAAGGGGCAUGAAGGAAUUACUAAGAUGCUUCUUGAGAGAGGUGCUGCAACUGAAACUCAGAAUAAGAACGGUCGGACACCGCUGCUAUUGGCUGCAGAAAAUGGAUAUGAAGGAAUUGUCAAGAUGCUUCUUGAGAGAGGCGCUGCAACUGAAGUCCAGGAUCAUAACAGUCAGACACCACUAUCACUGGCUGCAGAGAUUGGAUAUGAAGGAAUUGUCAAGAUGCUUCUUGAGAGAGGCGCUGCAACUGAGAAAGAGGAUAAGUGGAGUCAGACACCACUAUCACUGACUGCAGAGAAUGGGCAUGAAGGAAUUGUCAAGAUGCUUCUUGAGAGAGGCGCUGUAACUGAGACUCAGAAUCAGAACGGUCGGACACCACUAUCACUGGCUGCAGAGAAUGGAUAUGAAGGAAUUGUCAAGAUGCUUAUUGAGAGAGGUGCUGCAACUGGGACAAAGGCUAAGUCAGAUCGGCGGCCAGUGAUGCAGCGAAUGGGGAUGAGGCUGUUAACCUGCUGCUUCACGUACCACAAGUAA